CAAAUUACUGUUUAUUUUUUCUCCUGUGGAAUGUUCAACCUAGUUUCCUGUGACUGUGACUUCUUCUAUGUUGAAUGAAUAUCAGAGAGGAUUUGACAUCAGCUUGGAUUUUGGAAAUCAAACAAAUUAUUGCAACUAUAACACAAUAUAAAGUGUGCAAUUUUUGUCUACAAAAUUUGUUUUAAGGCCCUUGUUUGACGGAAAAGAAUACAAUGGCUGAUAAUGUGUCCUUCGAUUAUGACUACAAUGGAUAUGAUGUUUUGGAUAAAUUACAUACAGAAGCAGAAGAAAUGAAAAAUUUAAUGUACAUGUACACAGGGAUGUAUGGCAUCACCAUUCUCUUGGGAGUACCGUUAAAUAUCCUGGUCAUCAUCACUCUUUUCCGUAGAAUUGGGAAUUAUGAAGCUGCCAUCUGGCUCUUGGGCAUGGCCAUCUCAGACCUGAUCUUCUGCCUGUUCCUGCCAUUUCACAUUGUCUCUGCAUGGGACAACUUCACCUGGAGGUUUGGGUGGAUACUCUGCAAGCUGAUUUCGAUUGUGACAUUCACAUCCAUGUAUUCAAUGGCCUUCAUUCUUAGCUUCAUGAGCCUGGAGCAGCUGUUCUUCAACAAAUUUUCUUGUACUAGCUGCAGGUUUAAUGCAUCAAAACUCAUGUUACUGAUUUCUUGGUUUGCUGCAGCUAUCCUGAGCUGUCCAUCCCUGCUGUUCAGAGUAGUUCAGCACAGGAAGAAUGGGGAGGUGUGCAUGGACAAUUAUGAGAACGUAUCCACCGAGCAGGCAGCCUCACAGGGACUAAAGAGAAAAAGCACUGUUCUGUACAUGCGAUUAAUUUUUGGAUUCAUACUCCCAGCAGCUUCAGCAGCCAUCUGUUGUUGCUUAUUGGUCUUGAAGAGGAACAGUUUCAGAACCCAGUCAUCUGUGGAUUAUCGCAUCAGAAAGGCCCUGGUCAUUGGCCACUGCUUGUGCUGGCUGCCUUGUCUAUUUCUGCCACUCUGGCAGCACCACUCAACUACAGAUAUUUCUGCCAUUUUCGCAAUUAUCAUACCUGUUAGCAAUGCACUUGCAGCCAUAAGCGCGUGUAUCAAGCCUAUCAGCUACAUCAUUAUUGGCAAGCAUUUUUGCUUUCCCUGGAUGAAGGAUGAUUGCACCACAACCCGGAAUGGGGAGAUUGAGAUGGCUGAUUUAAAAUAGAUAUUUCUCCAAAUUUCUUUUCCUUUAAAUUUUUUCUUACUGUUUGUGAAAGAAUCAAUUGGUUGAGGAACAUAUACACGAAUUAUGUGUUAUCUGCUGUAAUGUGUUAUUUUCUGCAUCCAUUAACCAGUGGGUCAGCCAAUGGCCUAGUUUAGGUGUGCUUAUAGCCAAAGCAACCAUUCAUUUUCCGGCCUCUGAAGUAAAACUGAAUGUCUUAAAGUCAAUACAUUGAAGCAAAUAUAUAUUUUGCCAUGGUUGCCACUGCUUUGACUACUUUGAUACAUAUGAGGGAGUGUGGCUACAUGAAAAAGACUGACAGUUCUGGGACAUCAAGUGGAGGAAGCUGUUGUGUCACUGUGGAGUCAUGCAUUACCAAAAAAGGACCUGAAAAAAGUGAGACCCUGAAUGUAAUCCUCAUAGUACUGGUGUACAGACUGGCCAUGACAUCCAGCAACAUAGGGUGAAUCCCGCACAGUCUCAGGAUGUCCCACAAAUUAGCCCGAUCAACUGAGUCAAACGCUCUAUGAAAAUCGACAUACCGGCACUGAGAGCACUGAAGUUGCCGCAGUCCCAGAGAUCACCUUUCCUUUUCCAGAUAGGGACAAGAAGUUACAUUCUUUAGUCUGUUGGGAGUACUCCUGUCUCCCAAAUGAAAGCAAGGAUUGCUUGCAAUGCCAGGAGAACAGCUUUACCACCACAUAUCCCUGUGGCCUUCCCUACUCCGAGCUGGUUCACCCCCCAUGCAAACUCAGUGAGGUUGGGUGGUUCACAGCUAAUCAAAGGAUCAGCCCCAAGAUGUCUAAAGUCCUAGCUAGAGCAUCAACCUUAAAAAUGUUUUGAGCCUGGUUUUAAAGGUGGCAAUAUUUGGUGCAUUUCUUAUCUCCUCCGGGAGAUAUUCCAGUUAUGAGCUGAAAGCCAUUUAGCCUUGCUGACUUUUCAUUCUUGACAUUAUUAGCUGACCAGCUGCUAAUGAUCUUAGCAGCCUUUUAGGUUCAUAUUCAUUCAGAUUGUCUGUAAAGUAUGUAAACUGGGUCAAGACCAUUCAGUGAUUUGUAAACAAAAAGUAGCACCUUGAAGUAGAUUGUAAAAGCAACUGGAAACCAGUCUAAGGAGUGAAGGACUGGAGUAAUGUGUUCUUUGUCCCAAUUAACAUUCUAGCGGCAGCAUGUAGGAUGAGCUGGAGCAGUCUCAAGGAUUUUUUGGGAAGUCCAUACAGGACAGAAUUACAAUAACCCAAGCGACUGGAGAUGAAGGCAUGAAUAAGUUUUUUCAAGGUCAUACUUUGACAACAGGUUUCUGAUUUUAGAGAUGCCCAUAUGGAAAAGUUUUAUUAAAAUAACAAAUGACUCUUACAUUUUACCAAAAUCAUGUAAGCUUUUGAUAUGACACUCAAAUAAACAAGCAGUUAAUAUCAACUUAAUCUGUCAUUUGACAUAUGUCCUUUAUUAUGAAAUACAUAUGAAAUGAAUGUACCAUCAAAUGUGUAAGUCCUACAUUCAUGUACAAUUGAUAUUAAAUGCAUGUGUCAUUUGUCAUACGGUAUAUGUCCUUUAUUCAUAGAAAUACUUAUUAUAUUCAUGUUUUGUCAAACAUGUACAAUGGAUUAUCUGAAUGUUUUGUCAGUAUUACUUUUUAUGUGUGAUAACUGAACUCAAUUGAAUCAUGGACAGUGGUUCCACACAACUAGACUGAUUAUUUUGAAAGGGAGAUAUCCUUUUUUAGUUGAUGCAUUCAGUUUGUGUUCUGAGAAUAUUACAUGAAUUGUCUCAUGUCUAAUUAAACCAACUAAAUGUGGAGGCAUCAAGCAUGUCUUAUUAGAAUAAUAUAAAAGUGAUAUACAUUUUUCGUUAAGAAAAAACCAGCAAUAAACAUAUGUUUCCUA